AUGAAGGUGCAUCUGCUGAUCCCGUUUUCCGUCGCCGUCUCCGUGGCUUCGCUCGCACUUAUGAAGUUUCGCGUGGAAGAGAUAAUUGAUGUGGAGAGAAGGGACAAGUUUUUAGACGUGAAGUUACGGGUGACAGACGAUGUGCUAAAUGAGUAUAAGAAGGAAAAAAUGGACACCAUGCAGAAAAUGGAGAAGCAGAAACUUGCGCAAGAGGAGCUGAAAAAGGGGAUAGAUCAACUGGUGCCCGGGGAGAAGAAAGGAGAGAUGGAUGCUUGCAGUUCUGCCAAGAAAAAAGUAAUGGAUGAAAUGGCAAUUCUUCAAGCACAACAAAAAACUUUCCAAGAGGACAGCACGAAGGAGAAGACGGCUUGGGAAGCGGAGAUUGCAACUCUAAAAGAGAAACUCACCGCAGAAAGUCCCAUUUGUCAAUACCUCAAACCGGGAUCUUCACUGCCAGGUACUUGUCCUGAGAAGAAAGAGGAGCCAAAACCUGAACCUCCAAAAAAAGAGGAGAUAAAGGAGGCCCCCAAACCGGAGGAGGAGAAAAAGGCAGAGGAGGUCCCUAAAAAGGAAGAAGCCAAAGCAGAGGAGGUGAAACCAGAUGCAUCAAAACCAGAAGAAGCUAAACAAGAGGCACCUAAACAAUAA